AUUUCAUUCUGUCAGCAGCCUUGAGAGAAUGUAAGUCCUGUUAACAUUUCUGUUUGUCUAAUUUGAUACAACAAGGCUCGGGGAACCCCAACACCCCACCCCUCUGACCCACCUCCCUGUCUCUUUUUCCCUCCCUUUCAUUACUGCUGCAGGUCCAAGGCUCUUGGACGUCUCAGUGUCUGACUUUUAGAGAAAACAGAGCCACUCACAUCAUGUCAUACAGACAGAAUCAUACUUGCAGACUUGCAUCUAUAACCUGAAUAAUACGGAAUAAAUCAGGGCCUUAUUUCGGACGUUUUACAUUUGUUGCAAGAUAAAGCGUACUGGAUACAGUCUUUGUUUACUGUGUAAGGAUUUUGGAUUUCCCUUGUAUCAACUUGACACUGCAGAGUGUCUAAGAGAGUCUUUACUCCUGCGCAAACAGUGAGAUCAGAAAGAAGACUUUCAGGACUUUACGUGGUGCUCUGAAAAGACGAUGUAAAUUUUCUGUUUUAUGCUGGUAAUCCUGUGUUUUUUCCUUCUAAUGUCUUGUGGAAAAUUUUGUGCAUAUCACAUUUCUGUUUUCGAGCCUGUUUGCCCCAGUUACUCACUGGAUCCAACUUUCUUUCUCAUAAGGAAUUCUUGUUCGCGCAUCAAAGUUUUCAUUACAGUUUAUGUUUGAAUUGGAGGACUAUUUUAAGAGGACCUUGGCUGCAGGUCAGCGUGCGGUAUUCUAAGAACAACAUGGGAAUUGUAUUUUGGAUGUUUUCUCUUCUGGCUCUUCCAGUCCUUCAGUCUGCCAAGAUCCUGACUGUCUGUCUAAUUGGAGGAAGCCACUACUUGUUACUAGAUGAAAUUUCUCACAACUUACAUCAGCAUGGCCAUGAGGUCCGCAUGCUCCUGCAGCUGGGCAACCCUGUGAUUACAGGUUUUUCCUACACAGGCCGUGCAGACAGUUACCAGACAAGCACCUGGUCCUUAGGGGAGAAAUACAUCAAAGAAUACAAUAACUGGUUCCUGGAGCAACAGAGACUGUUUUUACUGGGAAGGGAUACCUUUAAUAACUUUCUCAACUUCAUGGGGCACCUGUCCUAUCAGUGCGACAAGCUGUUAGGGGAUAAAGAGAUAAUAACUUUCCUCCAGAGGGAACACUACGACAUCACCAUCCUUGAUGCUUUUAACCCCUGCUCCUUCAUCCUGGCACACAAACUUGGUGUCAGCUACAUAGCUUUCUAUCCUGGCACUCUGAAUGGUCCUCUGUCCAUCGAUCUCCCCAGCCCAGUCUCCUACAUCCCAGUCUUUGGCUCCCAGCUGUCCGACCACAUGAGCCUCUGGGGUCGUGCGACGAACCUCUUUUAUUCUGUCUUGGCUCCUGUAGGCCAAGAACUCGUAUGGUCAGUGUUUAGGGAAGUAGCUGAACACCACCUUGAGUCAGGUUCACUGCCUGGUGGUCUGGAGGAGUUACAUCGAGGAGCUGAACUCUGGGCCUUCAACACUGACUUCUCACUAGAGUUCCCCCAGCCUCUUAUGCCCUACACUGUGCUGGUGGGAGGUCUGCUGAAUAAACCUGCUAAGCCUCCAGAACAGGAUCUGGAGUUGUGGAUCUCUAAUUUUGGAGAAGCAGGUUUCAUUGUAGUGACUCUGGGAUCAAUGGUCUCUUCCGUCUCAGUGGACCCUCUGCUUGUGGAGCUGGUGGCUGGCUUCUUGAGGAUCCCUCAAGGGGUGCUGUGGAGGUACGACCCCAAACGAUGGCCAUCUUACCUGGACAGACCUCCCAAUGUCAGGCUGUUGGACUGGCUGCCUCUAAAUGACCUGCUCGGCCACAAAAAAGCACGUCUGUUUAUCACCCAUGGUGGACAAAACAGUCUGCUCCAGGCAGUGUACCAUGCUGUUCCUGUGCUGGGAAUCCCUCUGUUUGGAGACCAGUUUGAUAAUGUGGUGAGGGCUGAAACAAAGGGACUUGGCCUCGCCAUCAACCCCACGCACAUCACCAGGGAACUGCUCAGCUCCACUAUUCAAACACUCAUACAGGACAUGAGGUUCAAGUCUUCAGCGUUGCUCCUGAGCAGGAUCCACAAAUCCCAUCCUGUCCCUCCAGCCCUUCGAUUCAUUCAGUGGGUAGAGCACAUCCUGCACAGCGGAGGUGGAACUCAUUUAAGGCCGGCGUCACUGAUGCAACCAUGGUACCAGAGAUACCUGUUGGACUUGGUGCUUGUUCUCUUCCUGGGGCUUCUUGGACCUGUCAUCCUCUGCUGGACUUUCUGUAGGAACAAGAACAGCAGGGAUAAACACAAAAAAACACAAUAGCUGUACUUAGUGUUUCCUCUGGGACACUUCAGAUUGAUACCUCAGCUCUGUGUUACUUGUUUAUCUUGGACUUUAAAGUUGAACCAAUAUGGGAACUUUUAAAAAAUGAAUUCCUGCUACUCUAAAAUACUGCACAUGUUCAAUAAAUAAACAGUACGUGCUGUCACUGUUUUAUACAAGUACACCUUUAAAUACAAAAAUUAGAUAAGUGAUAACAGGCCUUCAUGUUAACGUAGGAGAUGUUUGCUUUGGCCAAGUGAUGAACUCAAACUCCUUUACCCCUGUAGCCCUACCAGGCCCAGAAAAGAUAUCUCUUAAAGAUCCAGUGUGUAUGAUUUAGGGGGAUAUAUUGGCAAAAAUUGAAUAUGAUAUAACACCUAUGUUUUCUUUAGUGUAAAAUCACCUUACAUAUAUGAAUUGUUGGGUUUUUUGUAACCUCAAAAUGAGUGCUUAUGUCUACACAUGGAGCAGGUCCUUGUCCAUGGAGUCUGCCAUGUACCACUGCCAUGUUUCUACAGUGGCCCAGAGUCAACAAACCAAACACUGCG